AGGCUUAAGCAUUGACCAGUCUUGAGUAGUUUAUGUUGAUGACCGGAUCAAUGUAAUGGUGUUUAUAAUUUUAAAAUGCAGUUAUUAGAGUUACAAUUUGACUCUAGUUGUAGUGAGUUUUCAACUUCAGAUAAAAUAAAAGUCUUAUUAAAAAGAUACUUUUUAAAAAUAUGGAAAAAUAUUGGAUGGCUGAUAUUUGUUUUUGCUCUGCCAUCUAUGCAAGUUGUAUUGUUUUUUUUGACAUUCGGCAGUGAAGUGAAAAAUUUGCACUUAGCAGUCGUUAACAAGGAGAUGGAAUGGGAAACUAAAGAUUGUCCAGUCUACAGUAAUUGUACAUUUAAGAAGUUUUCUUGUAGGUUUCUAAAUAAAUUGCCGAAAGACACUAUUAUUAUAGAUUUUUACAAAGACAUUGGAAGUGCUAUAGAUGCUGUUCGAAAUGGCAAUGCCUGGAGUGCACUUUAUUUUUCUGAUAAUUUUACCGAAGCUUUAGUUGCUCGUAUGGCAUUAGGGCGUAUCACAGAUGAUGAAACUCUAGAACAGAGUGAAAUUAAAUCGUGGUGUGAUAUGUCAAAUAAGCAAAUUGGUUUGAUGUUAAAUAGAAAUUUACUAUUGGCGUACCAAGAUUUUGGGCAAGAAAUACUAAAAAGUUGUGAUGAAAAUCCAAAACUUGCUAAUAUUCCUAUUCAAUUCAAUGAACCAGUAUAUGGUAAAGCUGAUGCCAAUUUCUCGAAUUAUGUCGCUCCCGGGGUUAUUUUAGCAAUCGUGUUCUUUUUGGCCGUCGCACUUACUUCCUCUGAAUUGAUGACUGAUAAAACGGAAUUACUACUUGAUGGUGUUUAUAUGGCCGGUGUCGGACCAUUUGAAAUAUUUUUGUGUCAGACGAUUAUUCAUUUAAUAAUUGUUUUUAUACAAACAGCAUUAGUAUUAAUCUUUAUGUUAAUAGUAUUCCAUAUAGAAUGCAAAGGAAAUUUAAGUUUUAUCUUUCUUUUGGCUUUUUUACAAGGUAUAAGUGGGAUUUUUUUUGGAUUGAUUAUCUCAGAAGCCAGUAAAAUAAAAAAAGACGCAAGCCAUAUUGCUAUAGGAUGUUUCUACCCUAUUUUAUUACUCAGUGGUAUCUUAUGGCCUAUUGAAAGUAUGCCAGAAAUGUUGCAGAACGUCAGUUAUUUACUACCAUUAACCAUGUCCACAGUAUCAAUGCGUAAUAUGUGUUUAAAAGGUUGGAAUAUUUUACAAGUUGAAGUAUAUUUCGGAUUUAUAUCUACAAUAUUUUGGAUAAUUUCGUUUUGGCAUAUUAGUAUGUACAUAAAAAAACUCAAACCUUCGAUGACCACAACUACACAUUCUAUACCAUGUAAUAACACACCCAAGGAAAUUUUAAUUAAUCAGAAGAGAAAAUUGGAAAAUUAAAAGUCACGUUACGUCCUGUAAUUACAGUUGUCUGAUUCAACUCAACGGUUCUCUCUGACAUGAACAACAGCUUUCAAAUUCAUCAGAACAUUAAACAAUAAUUAUAAAAAUUAUCAUAAUUUUCUUCAGAGAUUACAGAAAAAAAAAUGAAAAUAAUAAAAUAGUUCAAUUAUUUAU